AUGGUGGUGAUUUGCACCGAAUGGGAAUCAUGGUGCAACAGUCAGUUGGCGGGAGUGAAUAGGCCCGUUGCUCUUGCACAAGCAAAUGCAAUUCUUAAUCGAAUUGAUCUUCUCUGUGAGAUAGGGGGAGCAUCAUUAUUUGGCAUUCUUCUCUCCAAGUUUGAUCCUGUAACCUGCCUGAAGUUUGCUGCUGGUUUAAUGGUGUGGUCAUUGCCAUUUGCGGUAAUCCUGACAUGGUUAACCAACAAGCUCUCUUCCGGAGUUCUUGACCGCCCUAAAUGCUCACAAACUUGUUGCAGAACAUUCGAUGAUGGAGCUCUUCCUGAUGCCGAAAGUAUAGUGGAUAAAGGUGUGGAAGCUAUCAAGCUCGGGUGGAAGGAAUACAUGCAGCAGCCAGUUCUUCCUGCAAGCCUUGCUUACGUGCUCCUUUAUUUCAAUAUUGUUCUCACUCCAAGCAGUUUGAUGACAGCAUUUUUAACACAGCGUGGUCUAAAUCCAUCAAUCAUAGGGGGGUUUAGUGGAUUAUGUGCUUUCAUGGGUGUUGCAGCAACAUUUGUGUCUGUGAGCCUGAUCAAGCGACUUGGUAUUCUAAAGGCUGGAGCAACUGGAUUAAUAUUUCAAGCUUCACUUCUCACCGUAGCUGUUGCUGUAUAUUGGAGUGGAUUUCUUUCUCAACAGAGCCCUCUUCUCUUCUUCUUGUGUAUGAUUGUACUAUCAAGACUGGGACACAUGUCGUAUGAUGUGGUGGCUGCACAGAUUCUUCAAACUGGCAUACCAUCCUCGAAAGCCAAUCUUAUUGGGACAACAGAGGUUGCUGUUGCUAGCGUGGCUGAAUCUACGAUGUUAGGAGUUGCAAUUAUUGCCAAUGAUGUUUCACAUUUCGGAUAUCUAGCUAUGCUAUCACUUCUAUCAGUAGUGGGGUCAGCAGUCAUGUACUGCCGAUGGUUGUAUAAUCCUACAGAUGAACAAAGGAGUCUUUUCUCUUUUUGAGGCUUCAUUUUAAUCAUUCUUAUUGGGGCCUCUUUUCGAUGAUAUCUAGAGCUGUCUAUACCUUUUAUAGUGACCCCCAUGAGGUAUACUUUCUACAUCCUCGGUGCUCCAAAUUUUUUGUAUGGUAAAUUGGCUGUAAAUUAUGUAACACGCCUAAACUAUAUAUUAAAUAGAUGACAUGCGUCAAAUAGGCUUAUUUAUUCAAACAUUUUAGAACAUUUGUAAAGCUCAGAUCAAUUCAGAAUUCCCUUUUUUGCCCCUGAGAACCAGGCUUUAAUUCGACUUCCCUGCACAUUUCUGUACUGUUACGUUUUGUGAUUCUGCUUUCUCUCUUCUGGUAAUGAGGGGGAAAAAAAGAAAAAAAAAAAAAGAAAAAAAAGAACCUGAAUAGAAGGGAACACACUAUAGAAUCAUCAGGCCUCUCCUUAGCUAAUUUGUUUGAGUGGAUUUCUUUCAG